GGAGAACGCCGCGAGGGCAGACGUAGGCGCUUAGGUAUCGCAGCUUGAGGCGCAGCGGAGAAGGAGCUCAGGGACCUGUCACCCGGCCAAUGGCGAGCUCGAGCGCCGGAGGAGGGCGGGGGGGGGCAUGUCCUUACUAGGGUUCGUGCCGACUCCCACCGCGCAGCAUUCGCCAAGCAUUCAGCAAGCUUAGCAAUGAUUUGAUGCUGAAAAUGUAAGCCAGUAAGGUGGACGUGAGAAGAGUGCCCUUUGCCGCUGGCGAGCAUUGUCGCAACGUGAAAGCCGCGCAGAAACGUGCUGUAGGGCCAGGUUGAUAAGCGCCGGGAGCCCGCGCAUACGCAUAAUUAUAUUAGAGUAUAGCUUCGCGACACUCUGAUUAUAAUCGCGAUAAGCGAGCUGCAAGUCACGACUGGUGCGCGCUUUUUAUGGCGAGCCGUUUGCUAGCGCGACUUGUAGAUUUGUAACUAUAUUGUUGUUACAGAGCGCUGUCGUCUUAGCAAGCAAGCAAGCGCUCCCAAAGUCGUUGAGCAAGCAGUAUGCUCAGCCCCAUCGCAGCAAGAGCAGUCGGUGGCUCCGGUCGCUUUAGUACCAGCGGCGGGGAGGACAUAUGGUCAACAUAUAGACCGACCCACGAUGAGGAGCAGCCGGAGACGGCCUCGGAGGAGGCGGAGAAGAAGGGGCGUGGCGCGUACCUGCUCACAUGCCUGAUUGGCUACUCUAUGAGCUUCAUCGUGUUUGGCUCGCAAGUCAGUAUCCUAGGCCCCACUAUCGCGGGGCUCGCCGAUCGUCUGGGCGUGGAGGAGCCUGACCUCAGCCCGCUGUUCACGGCGCUUGGUGUCAGCUGCAUCGUCAGCGGCACGCCCUCGGGGUGGCUGGUAGACCGGGUGCCAACGCAUCAUGUGCUCAUCGGGUCAUUAGUAAUCGAGGCCAUCGGCUUCUCGUUGGUGCCGCUCAUGCCCAGCGUGUGGUCGCUCACGGCACUGUACUUUGUGGUUUGCUUCUCCUACAACUUCACAAACUCUGCCGUGUUCACCAGCCUGGCCUGGAUGUUCCCCAAGCGGGCCGGCCCCGGCAUCAACCUGGUGCUGGCCAUGUUCGGGUUGGGCUCAUUUUUCAUCCCGCUGGCGGCGCAGGCCUGCAAGAUCUACCUGGGUUCCGCGUUAGCCGUCUUCUACCUCGUGGGCGGCCUGGCCGCGCUUUCCGCCGUGCCCUUCUUCUUCGUCACCUCGCCCGCCCGGCCCGUCGCCGCCGGCGGCGACGGCGCUCACGGCGCGCGGCACCACGCCAGCCGCACGUUGGAGCUGGUGACGACGGUGGCUGUUGUGGUGCUGGUGUUCUUCACGACGGCGGCGGAGACGGCGAUCGGCAACUGGAUCUACACGUUCAGCCUGCGGGAGGUGGGCGACAGCGACGCGGCUGCGGCGGCCGCGAACAGCGCCUUCUGGGGAGCGUUCACAGUCGGCCGCGUGUUCGGGGCCGCCAUCUCCCACGCCACCACCCCGGCCGUGCUGCUGCUGGGCUCCGUGCCCUUCUCCAUCCUGGGCUGCGCGCUGCCGCUGCUGGCGGGCCGGGCGCAGCUCAGUCGCAGCCUGGUGCUGGCCAUGGCGGCGCUCACGGGCCUGGGCAACAGCGCCGGCUACGCCAACGCGGUGGCCCUGCUGGAGUGUUACGUGCCGGUGACCGGCUUCAUCAACGGCGUGUUCGGCGCGGUGGCGGGCGGCGCCUGCAUGGUGGGGCCGGUGCUGGUGGCCAUGAUGGCCAAGUACACCAGCCUCAGGUAUAUGUCCAUGCCGUGGGUGGGACUGGUGCUGUACGCGCUGCACCUUCCCGCCAUCCUCACCGCCAUCACCGCCGGCACCAAGCUUCUUAAACUGCCGCUGGCGCCCGAGGAGGAGCCGUUCCUCGCCCCCGCGGGCGCUGCGGUGACAGCGGCGACGGAGAACGGCGCGGGACACAGCAUUGCGCCAGCGGCGGCGGCGCCACCGCAGGCUGACGGCGCGGUGACGAACGGGCACCAUUAGAGCGCCAGCAGGAAAGGGGCGUUGCAGUAGGCGGCUGCAAAGCGAGGAGCAGACCAACCAGCGCAUCAGAUGGAGGAUGGGUUGGAGCGUGCGCCUAGGCGUGGGUGUGUCUUUUUCGGGGGCACGGAUGCAAUGCAGGCCGGCGCGUGGCGCUUGGCAACAGAUGGCGCUGAUCGUCAAGUUCUGGCGGAGGUAAAGGCAGAGCUUAGGUCUUCUGGCAGAGACGAGAGUGUUCAUGAACUUGACUAUAGUCAAGGAUGUUAGCCAAGGAAGAAACGGCUUAUAGGCAUGGUCGAACCGGUGGCUGGCCGAGGGCUUGGCUAGGUGGGCGGAUGAGAAGGUGCAAGUGCAUAGGUUUGCAUGGUUUGCCGAAAUGCCAGUACUGUAUGCCACAAUUGCGUGUGUGACCCCGUGGACCGGGGCUAGCGUUAUGCAACCGCGUGCCGGACUGACGGUCAGACGGUGGCGAUACUGACUAGGCGUGGCGCAGGAGGCCAGGGGGUGCGAACUGUAGGCGGAAGCUUGGAGUACAUCAACGAAAUGUCACCCACAAGUACAGCCUCCGCUGCUUACUCUGGUCGGGGAGCACAGGCACAAAGUACAGGUGCAGGGUGCGCCUGUACCGGUCUGCCGCUGGUGAACUCAGCGCUCGAGCGCACUACUUAGUUCCGCAACACACGUCAAUUACUUGUCAUGCCGCUACGCAUGCCCUGCCAGCCCCACCGCGGACCGCUACCUAGACACCAGCCGACUCCAAAACAAUCUGUUGCUUGCUAUAUCCAGCCUGAUUGGCCCUUUGAUCAUACAGAUUUGGUCAACGCUUUGAAGCCUUAUCACGACCACUCACACUCGGCGUCUUCGGGUGCCGGGACUGUCUGUCCCCUCUGUAACAUCCGCAUUCU